AUGGCAAGACCAUCGAUAUCCUCGCCUCUGCUCCGACUCCCGGCAGAGCUGCGUCUCAAGAUCUACGAAUAUGCUCUGGCCGUCCCGAAUGAGUACCUGGACAAGCCCCUGAUCGUGAUAGAUGAUCGCGGCAAAUCAUUCACAGCCCGUGGGCAAUACAGAGCCUUAUCUAUGAACCCUCACUGGGAAGGCGAAGAUGGCACUGCGCGAAAGUUGCUCGCCGUGAACCGGCAGAUUCAUGACGAAGCCGAAGACUACCUCUACUCAACCUAUACGCUCUUCUUCCGCAACUCAUUCAAUCUCGAUCGUCUGGCUGCGUUCCUCGGUACGUUGAGCGCGACAGCGCGCAGGCGCAUCCGCAGCGUCGGCUUCGAGAUCUUCUUCUUCGUGCACACGCAGAACGGGGUGCCGAAGCGCUCGCUCCGAGAAUAUGAGCACGCGGGUCGCACGCUUGCGCAGAAAUUACCGUGCUGGCACAGUACACUGCUGUACCUGGAUCCGCGGUUCUAUUACCCGUCUGCCAAUGUGGGUGGUCGGGAUCUCACGGCCCGAGGGGUGUUCGAUCUCGCCACGCGGUUCGGGGCCCUUUGUAAGGAUGUGAGUUUUGUUCCGCUGCCGAGGGGAGAGCAGCAUUUGCUUGAAGAAGCGCAACAAUUUGUCUGGCGCAGUCGGUCACCGCCUAGACUGUCCGAGGAUCGACGAUCCAUCAAGGGUUCCUCAUCACUGGACUGGGACUUGAAGAAAAAUGUCACGCCAAGCCGAUUCACGUCAUCCGUGUUCUGA